UGGUCAGUUUUAGCUUUGUGAUUAAGUAUGUGGUUCAGUUUAGGAAGAUCUGAGGGAUUUCCCACACAAUACCCUGCAAAUGCUAGUGCCGUACACUUUGACACCCUUGAAGUGGGUAUUAUAGUUGCAUUUGUGAUAUUGAUGAUAUGUUUUGCUAUUUCUAUACCAUCAACAAAUAGAAAAACGAACAUUCAUGCAUAUGCGAGAAUAUUUUUACAGUUGCUGAUUGGAUUACUCGUCUUAUUGGGAAACUUUGGGCAAGAUUGGGAGACAGCUGUUGUCCAGGUCAAAACUCCUUAUAAAGCUGGAAUAGCUGCAGAAAUCGAAGCUUCUAUUGGAAUUCAUAUUGGACUACGAAGUGUGAAUGUUACUUUGAAGAGCAAUUCGUCCAAUCCAGAAUUGAAAAAUGAAAUAAUUGAUUAUAAUGAGAGAUUUACAUGGACUUGGGACCAAGGAAAUUUUGGCUUUGGACCAUUCGCUGGUAGACUACAACAGGAAUUCCGAGCAGCCCAACUUCGAGGAGUGCCAACCCCUAUAUUAUGGGUAGUGGAUUAUUUCGUCAUAGACGGUGAAGGUUUUCGAUAUGGAAGAUUCUACAGAACCUCCGGUUGGUAUUGCCACAUUCUUAUGUGGACCGCAUUUGCAACAUGGCUAUUGGCACUCAUUUUAUUCAGGUCUGUCAUUGUUUAUGGUGGAUAUUGUUUGGGAAUGACUGGACUUCUGCAGUUGGCUGCCAAUUUAUUGUGGGUAGUAGUGAAAAAUCCAAGCCCUCUUGUGAUACCUUUCGAUGGUGUGAUUUUGACAACCGCAUAUGGAGUCUCAUUUUGGAUCACAUUUGUCAAUGGUCUUCUUUCUGUUAUUAGUGCGAUCAGUAUUAUAAUAAUGGAUCAAAAAUAUGAUGAUCUACUAUAUACCUUUUUCGAUGUGGAUCCUCUGACAAGUUUUGAUGAAAUAUCUUACUUGACUCCAGAAGAAGAAUCAGUUUUGAGGCAUAAGGAAGUCCGACAAGAUAUACCUUUAAUACCUAUGCGUCAAUCUGUUGAGGAAGAAGAAGAAGAUCAAAAUGUAGAAUAUAUACCUGUUUAUAAGAAAAGAGGCACUGUGCGAUACAGACAUCAUGUGGCUUUACCACCUCCUGUACCGAGAGAGAAAAAACCUAGGCAUUUGAUGAAUCAAGUAGUUUGAAUUACUUCAUUUUUCUUUGUAGGUAUCUGUAAUUAUUCUUGAGAUAAACAUUAAAAGAGUC